AUGUCGUCAAAAGCGUGUAAAUGCGGUGGAACUGAGAUCGAUAUCGAUCGUGCACGAGGUGUUAGCGUGUGUAAAAAAUGUGCAGAAGUUAUCGAAGAUACAUGCAUUGUUAAUGAAGCGGAAUUAACGGAAACUAGUGGCGGUGGUAUACAGGUUGUCGGACAAUGGGUUUCGAACGAUGAUCUACGAGGAUCGAGCGGUGGUGGUGGUAUGAUGGGCUUUAACGCUCGCGAAUCUCGACAAAUUACAUUGCAAAAAGCUCGACGUGGUAUUAUGGAUAUUGCUGGUAGCAUGCGAAUGAAUCAACAUUGUGUUGAGGCCGCAUUCAAAAUUUACAAAAUGGCAUUAGAUCGUGGUCUCUCUCGAGGAAACAAAGCCAGUCAUCUUCUUUCUGCAUGCUUGUAUAUUAUCUGUCGUACAGAAGGCACACAACAUAUUUUAUUGGAUUUUUGUGACCAUGUCGAUGCGGAUAUCAGUAUUUUGGCACGUAUCUACUUACGGUUAGCUCGAGAAUUAUGUAUUAAUGUACCGCAUACCGACCCGUCACUUCUUAUCCCACGGUACGCAGCCAAGCUGGAUUUUGGUGAUCGAACAAAUGCUGUUUCUAAUACUGCACUACGUAUUGUUCAACGUAUGAAACGUGAUUGGUUGAAUAUUGGUCGACGUUCUUCAGGUCUUUGUGGCUCUGCUUUAUUAUUUGCUGCACGAAUGCAUAAUUUCAAUCGAACUAUUCAACAAAUUGUUGAUGUUGUGAAAAUUUCUAAAGCAACGAUUAUUCGCCGUUUACAAGAAUUUGAAGUAACACCAACAGCACAACUGAAUUUGCAAGAAUUCGAUACGAUUGAACUUGAAGAAGAACAGGACCCACCGGCAUUUUCAAAAGCAAAACGUAUGACGAAACUUGCUCAACAUGAAGAAUCAUUUAACAUUGAACAAAUCGAACGAGACAUUCUCGAUACACAACAACAAAUUGAUGAACAGUUGGAAAAAUUACAUAAACCACGUGGCCAGUUGGCUAAGUAUGCGAAAUAUAUCGAUAUGGAGAAAAAUGUUUUAAGUAACGAAGAGGAUGAAUUAAUUCAAAAAGUAUUAACAACGAAAUCCAAUAAACGAAAGAAUACUGUCAAGUCCGAUGAUGACGAUACUGAGAGUACGGCGGACUUAUUAACAACUGAAACAGACACUCUACCCAUCGAUGAGAAUGAUAUGAAAUGGGCAGCUAAUUACAUCGAAGAGCAGCAAACCCAACUGAUUCUCUCUUUAUUGAAUGACGGUGAUAAUAAAUCAACAAACAAUCACAGUGAACAGAACGAACUAGAUCAAGAAGAAGAAGAAGAAGAUUACAAGUGUCUUCGGCCAUCUCUGGAAGCAAUGGGCAUUGUUCCAGUCAAAUCAUCAUUGAAUUAUUCAGCAGACAAUCCUCAAACAAGUACAUCGAGUAGUGCAAUCCGGCAGCACCACGUUGUACUAGAUUUCCCUGAAUGGCAUCCAUCGGUUGAUUUAACCAAUGAUGAACUUGAUUUAACCGGUAUCGACGAUAAUGAAAUUGAAGAAAUGAUUUUAACACGUGAUGAAACGAAAUUGAAGCUGAAAUCAUGGUUACGUGAAAAUAAGGACUGGUUCUUAGAAGAGAAACGUCGUCAGCGUAAUAAAGAAGCCGCUGAGCAAAAGAAAAUAGGUUCAAGUACAAUGACAGCUGCGCAACGACGCAAACGCAAGAAGAAAGCAGCGGCAACAACAAAUGAUUUAACUAAAUCCGGUAGCGUUGCCGUCGGUACUCAGCAUCAACUUGGUGGUUUUACGUUGACACCAGCUGGCUUAGCUGCAGCUGCGUUAGAAGCUGAAAAACAUUCUCAAGAUAAUCGUCUAUCCAGCAAAAUUAACUAUGAUGUAUUAAAGAAAUUAACGAUGAAGAAAGACACAACAGAACAAGUAUCAACAUCAUCACCAUUAACGACAAAUACAAAUGAAACAGAAAGAACUACAUAA